AAACGGUUGUGCUUGGUUGCCAUCGUCCGUUCAGCAUUCCUGCCGUAAAUUUCGUUCGUUUUGUAGUUCUUCGUGGGAGGUCACAGAGGUCAACUAGCCGGCCCAAAAGUUGCGUCUCCUGCUCGUCGUUUGUUAUUGUGUUUUCUGAAUCAUGCGUCUCAUCAUCCUGGACACGGCCGCGUACGUCGGCGAAUGGUCGGCCAAGUACGUCAUGAAGCGCAUCAACGACUUCAAGCCCGGCCCGGACAAGUACUUCACCCUCGGACUGCCAACCGGCUCGACCCCGCUCGGUCUGUACAAGAACCUCAUCAAGUUCCACAAGGAGGGCAAAAUCUCCUUCAAGUACGUCAAGACGUUCAACAUGGACGAGUACGUGGACCUGGCGCGGGAUCACCCGGAGAGCUACCACUACUUCAUGUGGCACAACUUCUUCAAGCACAUCGACAUCGACCCCCAGAACGUGCACAUCUUGGACGGUAACGCGCCGGACCUGGUCGCCGAGUGCGACGCGUUCGAGGAGAAAAUCAAAGCCGCCGGCGGAAUCGAGCUGUUCAUCGGCGGAAUCGGCCCGGACGGUCACAUCGCGUUCAACGAGCCCGGAUCGUCGCUGGUUUCGAGGACCCGGGUGAAAACGCUGGCGCAGGACACGCUCGAGGCGAACGCGCGGUUCUUCGGGAACGACAUCUCAAAGGUCCCGAAGCAGGCCCUCACGGUGGGCGUGGGGACGGUGAUGGACGCGCGCGAGGUGAUGAUCCUGAUUACGGGGGCGCACAAGGCGUUCGCGCUGUACAAAGCGAUCGAGGAGGGCGUCAACCACAUGUGGACGGUGAGUGCCUUCCAGCAGCACCAGCACACCAUCAUGGUUUGCGACGAGGACGCGACGCUGGAGCUGCGCGUCAAGACGGUCAAGUAUUUCAAGGCCUUGAGCAACGUGCACCACAAGCUGAUCGAAGAGGACACCAUGGACCUGCGAAAGCUCAAGUAAUCGUCAAUUUCCCCCACAAAAUUCAAAACCCCCGAUUCAAAGUGACUUACUUCAUCAUCGCCGUCGAUUCUCGCGAAUGCACCCACUUCACCAGAGAUUGUGAGAUUAAAAGGACAAACCGCACCCAAAACAUCAAACGAGCCUGUACGAUGUCCACUCGAAGCUGAUUGAAGGUGCGUAACCAACCAACCAACCAACCAGCCGCGGUUUUGAUUUAGUCACUCGAAUCCAAAGGGUAGAACUUAUAAGGUCCUUUUUUUCUGUGUCAAUUUUCCUCAAAUAUAAAGAGCAUGAUUUUUUUUUCUACA